UGCAAUUAAAGGAUUGCCUGAAAGCAAUUGAGUUUCUGAACAUCUGACUCCAGAUCAGUCCUCAUAAAGACACGACUGAUUCCGCAAACCUCGCGGUAUUUCCUCUACCCACAAUCCCUUGCCCUUCCUUUCUGCCUGAACCGACAUGCCUAAGGGAAAGAAGGCUAAGGGGAAGAAGGUGGCACCGGCCCCUUCCGUGGCCAAAAAACAUGAAGCCAAGAAAGUGGUCAACCCCCUCUUUGAGAAGAGGCCAAAGAACUUUGGCAUAGGCCAGGACAUUCAGCCAAAGCGUGAUUUGACGCGCUUUGUGAAAUGGCCUCGUUAUAUCCGCCUGCAGAGGCAACGUUCCAUCCUCUACAAGCGUCUUAAGGUUCCCCCUGCAAUCAACCAGUUCACCCAGGCUCUGGACCGCCAGACUGCCACCCAGUUGUUUAAACUGGCCCACAAGUACAGGCCAGAAACCAAGCAAGAAAAGAGGCAGAGGCUGCUGGCUCGUGCUGAGCAGAAGGCAGCUGGAAAGGGAGAUACCCCUACCAAAAGGCCUCCUGUCCUCCGUGCAGGUGUGAACACUGUCACUUCUCUGGUGGAGAGUAAGAAAGCCCAGCUGGUUGUCAUUGCCCACGAUGUGGAUCCAAUUGAGCUUGUUGUAUUCCUGCCUGCUCUUUGCCGCAAGAUGGGUGUCCCUUACUGCAUCGUCAAGGGCAAGGCCAGACUGGGUCGCCUGGUCCACAGGAAGACGUGCACUUCACUCGCCAUCACACAGAUUAACCCUGAGGAUAAAGGUGCACUUGCCAAGCUUGUGGAGGCCAUCAAGACCAACUACAACGACAGAUAUGAAGAGAUCCGUCGUCACUGGGGAGGUGGCAUCAUGGGCCCCAAGUCCACAGCCCGCAUCACUAAGCUGGAGAAGGCUAAGGCCAAGGAACUGGCAACCAAGCUUGGUUAAAAUAUUUGGAAUAAAAAAACUAUGUCCUAAA